AUAUAUAAAAAUUAAAAAUCCAAUCUUUUUCCUCAAAUCCUCCUCCUCUGCCUCUGCAUUGCGUUUCUUCGGCAGCAUUGUUGACUUUACAGAGAACCCACUUGGAAAUCGCCGUUUCAGCCAUGACUCGUGGAAGUCAGAGAGAGCGUGACCGUGAAAGAGCCGCGGCUCGUGCUGGAGGAAAAGGUAAGAACGCCGACGAUGGUCUGACGCCGGAGCAACGUCGUGAGAGAGAUGGGAAAGCAUUGCAAGAGAAGGCAGCUAAGAAGGCUGCUCAAGCUGCAGCUGCUGGUUCUGGUAGUGGAGCUGGAGGCAAAGGAGCUGCUAAGAAGUGAUUUUGAUGAUCCUUUUGGUUUGUCUUUUUGAGCAUAUUGUAGACUUUAUGUUUGAAAUUUGGGUUAUUUAGAUCUGAGCUAUGACUCUUGUCUGAAUCCCAUUUAUGCUGUCUCUGUGUUGAAAUUGCAAUUUGAUGCUCUAUGGUGAAAUCAUAUUUUGUCUAUCUUUGA